CUUCUCCCUCCUACUCUUCUCCUCUUUUCUCUCUCUCUCUCUCGCUCUCUUUAUCUAUUCCAGUCCUGCCACUUCUUUCUUUACAGGCGCGCCAAAUUAUUCGUGCAGAUAAAUGCGAGGAUUGCGUAAAUUUAAAUCGGCAUUGGGUAAAACAGCUACAACGAACGAAACGACCUUACCGACAAAUUGUCAUUAUUAUUCUGGCUGCUGAAAGCGCCAAAUUUCGAAUUUUGCGCAAACACGUUAAAGAGCACAGCUUGUACACUUUUACGUUUACUUUUAUAAACAUUGCGUUUGUUUGUUUAAAAAGUAUGGGAGGGGGAAAGGAGCGAGCGAAGAGCUAAGUACAAGUAGUUACCUUGAAUUUCCCAUCGAGUCGAGAGAAAAGGAAGCGGCGCAUAUUAGCCCGAUCGUGUCAUGCCGCUGCUCGGUGUCACUGGGUCAAGGUCUUGGGGCUCGCAUCCGUUGUUUUUACGAGCGCAGGUCCGUCGGUCGAUUCGGCCGAGUCUGGAGCGCGAUCGCAAGGGCCAGUGCAAUGCGGAUCGGCUUGGAGUCGAUUAGAGCGGUAUGCAGGGCUCGAUGCAGACUUGGAAUCGCCGAGCAGCACGCGAUCUUUGCAUCGCUCGUCGCCAAAGCCUCUACCAAGCUUCAAGGGUCUGUGGGGGGAGCUCGAAUCGCCCCAGAGAAUGAAAAAUGUUACUUUGGCGUUGCAGUUGCAGCUAUAUAAGUCGGCCGUGCGAGCUGCAGUCCCGACGAGCCGAUAUCACAACGUAUAGGGUUGCUAAGCGACUGCUAACACGUAUGUAGCGCAUUACGUCCGAGGCUCGGAGCUCUCGCUGUACAAAUGCGAGUCGCGUUCGCGCGUAACGUCGUGGACAGAGGAUAGCGCACGGAGGAUGCGGACGGGAUAGAUCGGGAGCAGAAAACAUGCCUCUAUCCGAGACGACCUACUGCAUAGAGCAGAUCACCGUGCCGCCCAAGCUGCCGGCCAUACUCAAGCAGUUCUGCAAGUCGGCCAUACGCACUCAGCCCUACGACCUGCUCAAGUGGUCCAGCGCGUACUUUCGCGCGCUCGCCAACGGCGAGGAGCCGCCGGCCAAGCUCAGACUCGAGUUCCCGCCCGAGUACAAUGCCGCGCACAGUCUCACCUUCGGCUAUCUCAAGGUCCUCCUCAGGCUGCUCGGACCCGAUUUGAACAAGAGCGUCGCGGUGGACACGGUACUGCAGCGCUGGGACUCGCUCUGCCUGGAUCCGCGCGACGCCGAGCUCAUCCUCGGCAUCGGCAAGUUCUCCUGCGCGUGCGUCGUGAAAAAGUUCCUGGCCAUCGGCCUGGGCCUGCUGAGUCGCAGCCUCACCGAGACCAUGAGCAAAGUCUGCGAGCUCUUCACCAACGAGCCCGAGGGCGGCUCCGCUCUCAUACCCUACAGCCUCUUCAUGGAGAUCUACGGCUAUCUCGCGGGCCUGCGCUGCGACGGCUCCGAGAGGGCCAGCACCACCAGCUGCAGCUCCACCAGCGAGGACAUCUGCAUUUGCUCCUACGACAUGUCCUCGAGCGCACCCUCCGAGGCCGGCUCCGCCGCGCCAGCCACCUCCCAGGACGAGCAGCUCCAGGACGUGCCGGAGCCGGCCCACGACGCGGCUGCAGCUCCGACUUCCUUCGCCAGUCAGGACACGGAGCGCGACGUCGAUCUCGAUUUUCACGACGAUUUCGAAUCGGCCAUCACCAUGGAAAGCUUUGGCGAGGAUGGUGAGCACAGCUACCUGCACGAGGCACCCUCGAGCAUUCGAUCGGCUUACGAACAUCACGAGGAGGAGAAACUCUAUGAGGAAGAAAAAUCCUACCUGGAAGAAGAUGUAAUCAGUCGUAAGAGCUCGGUCGGCUCGACAAAGUCCAAAACCAUCGUCAAGGAGGAGAUUAAAAGCACCGAGAGUCUCACCAAGUACGAGCGAACGUCCAUGACCGAAGUCGUUCCCGAGUCCCGCGAGUCCCUCAAAAGACAACCAGCCAAAGUACCAACCCCGAGCGCGAGUUCCGCUUCGACUCGGACGAUAGACAAAUUCUACCCUUACGUACCAGGCAUAGGGCGUCGUUUGCUGGCCCAAGAAGUUGCCAAUGUAGCUGUUUGGUUGAGCGAUUGUUCGAGGCGACAAGCCGGUAUGGUCGGUCCACGAAAUAUUCGACACAUCGAGUGCCCUCCGCUCGAAGGGGCUUCAGCCUGCGACGCUACCGACUACAGUUACCGAAACGAUCAAUGAAUUAUGCGCUCAAAGUAAUUUACCUCCUUUUUUUUUUAUUUCAAAGACAUUGUAAUGUAUGUAUAGCCACGAAAAACUUUAAACGU